ACCCCACACGCAAAUUUUCAGAGAGAGAGAGAGAGAGGUUUAUGUAACACUGUUAAGUCUGGGAGUUGUGUGAGGUUGUGUUUUCUAGACAAGGGUGUAGAAGAAGAUAUUUCUUUGAUUUUUUAUAAAAAUUUUCUCAAAAAGAGAAGAUGAGUAAUUGGUUGGGUUUCUCUCUGACUCCCCACCUGAGAAUUGAUCAAGGGCUUGAUAGAGAUGAGCAUGGAGGGUUUACUCAUCAUCAUCCUCACUUGUCUGUUAUGCCUUUGCGCUCCGAUGGUUCUCUCUGUGUUGUUGACCCUUUCAGACGCUCUUCUCUUUCUGCUGCUCCUCAAGAAUGGAGAUAUGAAAAUGGGGUGGGCGAAAGUGAAGAAAGUCCAAAGCUUGAAGAUUUCUUAGGCUGCUGCUACUCUAACUCGCCGUCUGAUGAUUCCAAAGUCUAUUGCCAAACCGAAGAAGAUCAAACCCUGAGCAGAAUCAAUGUUAAUAUACCACCAAGCUUUAACACAACUGAGACAGGAGAUAACGAUAAUAUCACCGAACCUUCCUCAGUAUAUCAAGCUUACACUACUUACAAUCAAGCUCCACAAACCCUAAUCGCCACUACUGAUCAUCACAACCUUGAAGCACAGAGCAAUUCAUUGGACGUCCCAAGCCCUAACAGUGGUACAACGUCGUACCAUUUGGCUUUUGAAAGAGCAAGUACAGUUUCUGGUUUAAAGUCUUGGCUAAGGCAAACUCCAUUUUCUGGUGAGAAAUCUUCAGGCGAGGUUGAUAAUGUCUGUAACUUUCAGUCACUGUCUCUCACCAUGAACCCUACAAGCCCUGCAAUUGCACGGGAUGAUACCCGUAAACGACCCGCCAUUGCUAGAGAACCGGUUCCUCGCAAAUCUAUUGAUACUUUUGGGCAAAGAACUUCUCAAUAUCGUGGAGUUACAAGGCAUAGAUGGACAGGAAGAUACGAGGCCCAUUUGUGGGAUAAUAGCUGUAGAAAAGAAGGGCAAACAAGGAAAGGAAGGCAAGUUUAUCUUGGUGGUUAUGAUAAGGAAGAGAAAGCAGCAAGAGCUUAUGAUUUAGCUGCCUUGAAGUAUUGGGGUCCAACAACUCAUAUAAAUUUCCCUUUGAGUACUUACGAGAAGGAGCUUGAAGAAAUGAAACAUAUGUCCAGACAAGAAUUUGUUGCCAUGUUGAGAAGGAAAAGCAGUGGAUUUUCAAGAGGAGCUUCAAUGUACCGUGGUGUGACAAGGCAUCAUCAGCAUGGAAGGUGGCAAGCCAGAAUAGGAAGGGUUGCAGGAAACAAGGAUUUGUACCUAGGAACCUUCAGCACACAAGAAGAAGCUGCAGAAGCCUAUGACAUUGCAGCCAUUAAAUUUAGGGGAACAAGUGCAGUGACCAAUUUUGAUAUAAGUAGGUACGACGUAAAAAGAAUAUGUUCGAGUUCUACGCUUAUCGCGAGUGAUCUUGCUAAACGUUCACCAAAAGACACAGCUCCAACGGCCAUCGAGGACUAUAAUUCUUGUACUUCAUCAGCUUCUCAUCAGCCCCUUUUGGCCAUCUCAAGCGGCGGUCCAGAUGAAUUGGCCAAUUUGGUGUGGAACACUGAUAGAGAUGAUAAUCAUCAACAGCAACAAAGUGGUGGCGCUGAUAAUGGUGCACCUUUGAUAGCUGUUCGGAGCACCGACCAGUCGAGUUCAUCAAGCCCACAUAGCCCAAAAUGUUGUGUUCGAAUUGCUAGUGAGUAUGGCAUUGGAGGCGGGGAAGAUUACUCUCGGAGUAGUUACUUCUCGUCACAGAACCUGAAAUACGAAAAGAGAAAUGAUAGCAACGAUGAUGGUGAGAAUGGACCGGGAAGAUUGGCUUUGGCUCCUCAGGUUCCUAUAUUUGCUUUGUGGAACGAGUGAUGAUAGGAAAUGGAUUGAAGGUCAGAUGGAAAUUCAGAUGAACAACAGUUUUAAUAUAUUAGUUUUCAUUAGAAUUUAUAGUUUACUAUAGAAACUAUCAGUAGAUGAUAGCAAAGAUUAGAUAUGAUACAAUUACAGGGAAUCAUGCGAUUUUGAGAGGGUUAAUAUGCUUUGGUUCAA